AUGAAUUUACCGACGGAGAAAUCCAAACUGUUGGCGGAGAAGAAGCCACCGUCCCCGGCAUCAUCGACGUCGUCGACGAUUUCGACAAAGUUCGGGUCGAUCGCUGCGAAACUCUCCACCGGAGCGGUUAUUACCUGCGGCAUUCUCGGCUCCGUGGCUUUGCUGAAUAAGUCCGGGUACGUCGAUACCAACAACGGCGUUGCGUUUUCGUCGUUUUUGCGAAGACGAUCGUCAGCGACGGACCCGAUUUACGCGAAAGACAGCGCGGCGUUCUUAGGGGACAACUACGAUUUGAACAACAACAACUUUCCCGGGCAGCGCAUGGAAAUCCCGUACGCGUUUUUCCAGGACACGAAGUGGCACGACGCGCCGUUUUUCCGAUUCGAUGGCGAAUCCGUAGAGAAAGGUCACAUCACCCAGGAGGAGCUCACCGAGGCGAAGCAACGACAAGGCGAUCCGAAGAAGUCCAUGCCGGUGUUUAAGACGGCGGGAGCGGAUUCGGCAGACGUGGUGGUGACUGCGCACGCGACGGAUAUGAAUAGCUUCGGGUGGGUCAUUUACGAUUCCGCGAAAAAGAACGGGUUGGAGAUGGUUAUUUCCGGAGAAGGGACGCAGUUUCACGGGUUCGCGGAUAAAGUCAUCGGGUUGAAAGCGGCGUUACACGCGAUGCCGGGAAAUCCGAUCGUGGUCGUCGCGGACGCCUCGGACGUGUUUUUGCAAUGCAGCGCGUCUGAAUUUAAGGACAGAUUCACGAAAGCGGAAGCGGAUAUGGUCUUUGGCGGCGAGACGCAGUUGUGGCCGGAAGUUUCUGAUUAUUUCAAGCGCGACUCGGAAAAGGCGUUGAAGAAUGAAUUGUCGCACUCGUUCGGGGAUAUUGGCAUGGCAGAAGGUGUCACGCCAAUCAACAAAAACGACAUUCCGAACGGUUGGCCGAACGCCGGCGGGUGGAUGGCGAGGAAAGAGGCGCUUUUGGAAUACAUUUCGAGCACGGAGGAGAGAAUGAAUAAAUUUUCCACCGAAGAGUGGCCGGGAGAGUGGGGAUACCAAUGCCGACCAGACGGAGCGACCGACGCGGAUUGGAACGGAAAAUACGCUGGAUUACGUGGCUUUGACGACCAGUUAUGUUUGAACGCUUACAACAUGGCCAAGUUGCGACAAGGCGAUCGACGGCACAAAUUAGACGCGGACGGUUCUAUUUUGUUCAGCACGAACGGAUGCCCGGUCGCUGAUACCGGGAAGGACAGUAAAGAAAAGGUAUAUUACAAGUACACCGGCAAAGCGCCGUGCUUAUGGCACAUGAACAACCCUGUGGCGAAAAUUCGCUUGAAGGAAAUGUCCGCGACGUACCCGAACCACUUUUUGACGCCAGAAGGUACGGCUGCGAUGGCGGCGACUCCGGACGAGCACCCGGGACACCGCCCGCAGCAUUAA